ACCAACAUGCCACCGGUAGGACCGUCCCGACAUUAGGGAUUCCCGACAUUAGGGAGCGCAACUGGUACGCCACAAAAGUGUCAUGGGUUCCCAGACACCGGCAGUGCACAACAGUUGCGGCGCAGCAGACCCACGGGACAAUGAGCGCGCGCGCUACAGCUGUACCUCUGCCAUCCCACCAGGGAUCCUGCUGCCUCGCAGAUUAGGAACCGUUGCAAUCGACGAGGGGCAAGCUUUGUCCUGUUCUACGCAGCAUAGACGGGUCGGGCUGCCACCUCCAAGAACUCUUCGAUGCAACGAACCCUCUUCUGUAAGGAGCGAUUCAUGUGGUGCUCGGGUCCUCCCAGAGCCUAAACCAGUGGGUCGCUCAGUGGCAUGUAGCUGCAGGUAUGUUGUCCCUCCCCCCACUAACCCAGUCUUCAUCGUGGACGAGUCGGGUGGUGGUUCGGCACCAGCUGCGAGACGCCAGAGGGAUGGUGGCGACCUUUUUUCAACCUUAUGGAAGUAUUCCCUCUCAAUUCUUUUGCAAGGCCUUCACUAACUCUGUUAGCAUGUUUAUCUUCAUAUCGCUGGGAGGCUUUUCAAGCCGAGGACUGCGUCGCUCUUAUAAUCAAAUCAAUACUACUAUAAUCUCCAUCUGCA